UUCAUAUUUUGACCGAGUCGACACCAAAAGAAAAGAGAGAGAGACAGCACGCGAAGGCGCUUCCACCCCGAGAGAGGAUAAGGGGAACUGCCGGAAUCUCAAUUGAAAAUCAACUAAUCUCAUAGCCUCUUUCAGGACAGGCAUAGACAUGGGAAUCAGUAAAACAGAAGUGAAUUUUCGAAGGUUACUUGCAGCUGCACCCCAACAAAAAAAUCAUUCUAAACUCGUACAUUAUAUUGCUACUUUACGUGAACUUUUGGAACAGCUAGCCGAAGAGAGAACACCAGAAGGUUUACCUAGACUUUCAACUGCUGUGGUCAAUGAUUAUUCAAAAAAGAUUGAGGAUAUUGCUUCGGAAUUAACUGCCACACCGCCAAACAUUAAGUUAUCCGAGGAGCGCGUCGCAAGUAACUCGUUUAAGCAGAGUCCAAAUUCGGAUUCAGAGAGCCACAUGCCUUCCUCUCCAGGAUUAAGAAGGAGAGUUGUAACUACCUCCAGUGUCAAAGAACGAACUCAUGUCACCGCUGAGGUUGAUACAUCCACACCUAUCAAACUGGAUGCAGCAGCAGAAGCGCACAUACAGAAGCAUAGAAAGCUUCAAGAGGAUUUAACUGAUGAAAUGGUUGAAUUGGCUCAGCAGCUUAAAGAGCGUAGUCUCAUGAUGAGCCAGUCCUUGGAGAACACUGAAAAGAUACUUGAUUCCACAGAGACGGCUAUCGAGCAGAGUCUUGCUACCACCGGACAUACUAAUGUCCGUGCAAUGAAGAUAUAUUCAGAAACCUCUAAGACUAGUUGUUUCCAGUGGCUUCUGAUUCUAGCCAUGAUCUGUGUUUUCAUCAUGGUUGUGCUUCUGAUUCGCGUAACAUAAACUAGUUCUCGAGAACGACCCGGGAAAGACCAACGAGGUAAAUGAUGCAUGCAAUCUCCUUUUCAUCUUCUACCAAUGUGUUGCAGUGAAGGAAGUUUUGUAUGUAGUUCGUUGCUGAUGGCAGUUGAGCAUUUAAUUUUACAUAUUAAAUAGUAUAUAAAAUUUCAUUUAUAUUAUAUGAAAAU